AAAAUCUUAGCAACGCUUAUGGAGACACAUAAGAAACAGAUUUCUUCCUUCUUUACUAUUCCCGAACCGGAUUCUAGACCUUUUAAGGAAAAAAUCUCAGAGUUUUGCUCGACAUCCACAAUGCACGGAUUAAAAAUUGUAGGAUGUCACACUACACAUAUUGUAAGAAGAAUACUUUGGCUGAUUGCUGUUACUGCCUGCUUCCUUUUCAUACUUACCAUGCUAAUAGUCCUAAUGAUAAAAGUUCAUAAUCCAGGGACGCAAACGGAUAUAUCCAUCAACACCCUGGAAGUUGGGGAAGGUUUACAACUCCCGGCAAUAACUAUUUGUUCAUACAACCAAUACACCUUGGAAUACUUGAAAACUGCAGAAGGCAUUAGGAAUUGGCUAUUCUUAUCAAAAUUGUAUCCAGAUAUAAUUCCAUACACUGAUUUUGAAAAUUUAACAGGGCUAGAAUUCAAUGUGUCUUCUUACCGAGAAAAUAUAUCUAACGUCCUUGAAGUAAUUAGAGAUGCUUCGUUCAACUUGACGUCAAGCUUAAAAGCAUGUUCUUGGAAUGGUCAAAUACAACAAUGCUCAUCUCUCCCAGGAACAAGAACAGUUUUCACUGAUUUUGGAGUGUGCUAUUCUAUCAAUUAUAGUAAUGAUAGUUCAUACAUAAUUAAAGUUCCGGGAGCCAGACAAGGUAUCAUGAUCUUUGCCUUUGAUUCUUUUGAAUCGUAUAUCUUUGGUGAAAAUUUCGGUUCGUUAGGGUUUCGUAUUCUGGUUCAUGAUCCCUUUGAGUAUCCGUCCGUUAAACAGUUUGGUAUAUCUGUACAACCGUCAAUUGAUACAACAAUAGCCCUUAAAAAAAACAUUUAUCAGUUUAGAGAAGGCAAUGGAUGCCAGAAAAGGGUCCCUCAACUAAUAGGUUACAAACGUUAUACGGAAAAUGGUUGUAUGGCCGAAUGUGUGGCAAAUUGUGUUUAUCACAAGUGCAGUUGUAAAUUAUUUUUCCAGUCUGGCGAUUAUUUGAUAUGUAAUUCACCAGAGAGUGUCCAAUGCGCACGAAGAAGUGAAAAAUUAUGCUGGACAAGAAGAGAUUAUCUUCAAAGUUGUAACUGUCCUUUGGAAUGUGAGCACAUAGAGUAUGAGAAUCGCAUUUCCAUAGCUAAUUAUCCUUCUCUUUCUUACAAAAAUCUUUUUUCUGUACUAAUUCCAAACACUUCUCUAUCAGAGUUAUCAAGAAACGCCAUUAAGAUGACUAUUUAUUACGAAGAUUUAAAUGUAGUUACUUUCAUUCAGAGCGAUUCUUAUACUGCUGAGCAAAUUUUUGGGGAUAUAGGAGGCCAAAUGGGAUUAUUUUUAGGUGCUAGUGUAUUAACAAUUGCAGAGUUUUGCGAUUUUAUCAUAUUUGCUCUUAUUGAUAAAAUAAGAUGUUAUUUCAAGUCCAAAAAAAUAGUAAAUAUAUUCCAAAUGUCUUAG